CUCUGGUAGGAGGGGUUGGAAAGCUGGCUUGGCAAGGGGUUAGGAAUUAACUAUCUUGAGCAUUUUCACAGGCCUCUCCAAGCAGGACGUUGGGUGAGACUGAAUGGCUGCCUUCCCUCUCGUGACCGUGACCGUGUUUCUCCUGGUAUCCAUGACCGGGGAACAAGCUUUAUUUACAGCAUUCGUGAAACGGGACUACUCUAGAUGGCCUAAGCCCCCAUGUGAAAUGUACUACCCGCCGGACCCUACAAAUGACCUGUACUGCCCUAAUGUGACUGCGCCCGUGUGCACCACUCUUGGCCACACUUACCAGAACGAGUGUCACUUUUGUGUCGCUCAGUGGGACUAUGGUUCGCAUAUUCAAUUUGAUAAAUAUGGGAAAUGUCAUGAUAAGUAACAGAGUAUUACAUUCGCUCAUUCUUUCCACUACUAAAUUCUGAAAAUCACUUCAUUUGGAAUGUAUGCAUUCUUUUGAGACUGUGUAAUAAACACUGCCCUAUGCUGCACUCAGA